AUGCUAUCCACUGAGAAUCUUGGAACAGUGACUGGUAAGCUGGAUGCGAUGGCCAAAGAUUUAGGGAUUCAAUGCUUGGCAAAGGUUCCCUACAGAUUCCACCGCAAACUUAGCGCUGUCUCCAAGAGCUGGAACGCUCUACUCAGCUGCUCACACUUUUAUAAAGAGCGACAGCGCAAUGGCGAGUGCGAGCAGGGAGUAGUUUCUCUUAACCCAACCGAAUUAACUGAAACCGAUUUCAAUGUAAUGAUUUACUACCCGAUUGGGCACUGGUGGGAAAUACUGCCUGAAAUCCUAGAAGAAUUUGAACUAGAUUACACAGAAUAUCAUCAAUGCGUGUUCGUUAGAUCGAAACAUCAGUUGGUUGUGGUGGGGCUGUUCAACAGGCGCACCGAUAUAGAAGUUGUGUUGAUAUUUGAUUUCUUAUCUCGCAAAUGGCGGCUGGGCGCCGACAUGCCACGCAAUCGAUUUGAAUUCGCAUGUGCAGCGUCACCAACUGAAGGACUCGUCUAUAUUGGCGGAGGUUACAACGGCCCUUACACAGAAGAACGGAGUCCCUAUCAACUAGAAGCUUUUGUUUACAAUGUAGAGGAAAACAAAUGGAACUCUCUUCCUCCUAUGAAUUCUGAUCCGCUGCUUGAUUUAUGCGCUGGUGUUUUUCUUGAUGGUAAGUUUUAUGUAGUUCUCCACCAGCAAAGCGAAAGCGCACAAGUUUACGAUCCUCACACUAGGCUAUGGAGAAAUAUAAAUGGCGAGCCUAAUGCUCACUAUGUUAACAGCUGCGUAGAUGCUCUUCAGGAUAUGAUGUUUUAUUUACAAGAAUUUGGGAGGAUACUAAUGAUAUAG